AUGAACGAAAAGUCGCUGUCGUACCGGCAGUGUUCGACAGCCUCGCCUUGUCCAAGCGGCUAUCGAUGCGUGCUGUCCGGUACUGCGAGACUCUGCUGUCCAACACCAGCAUUUAUAUGCCAGCAGCAGGCUGACGCCGGCGACGAAUGCACCGACGUCGCCUUUCAGAGGAAGUACUACUUCGACAACAAGAGACGUGAAUGCAAGGAGCUUCUCUACCGCGGAUGCUCAGGCAACGACAAUCGGUUUGACUCGUAUGACGAUUGCAGAGCCACAUGCGACAAUUACGGUACAUUUGUGUUUUCAAUUUUUUACCAUCUCCAAAACUGACU